GCUGUAAAAUCGUUAAAAAUGAAUAUCGCAUUGGCAUGGCUCUGUUUGGCGUCCGUAUUAGUCACAGGGCUGAAGCAGUCAAACCUUGGUACCAGGGGGACCGGUACACCGGGAAUAAAUGAUAUAAGCGAGUACCUGCUAGUACAGAAUGCAAGGAGGUUUUGCGACGGUAGUAGCAUCAUGGAUGCAGCAUCAGAGACACCAUUUGAAGAUGCCAUGGAUACGUGCAGUGAGCAUGAAGAGUGUACAUUCUUCUGUCAUACCGCCAAGAAGACAUUUUCAACACGGCCUAGCGAUGUGUUGGACGCUGGCAACAGCAUACCGCAAUCAGAUGCCACUUGGCUUUGUAACGGCGCAGGUUGGACAGCACUAUACCCCAAGAACGGAUGGGUAACCGCUAUAAAAGGGGUACAUCUACAAAAUAUGUGCAAGCCAUACACCGUGUGGCUGAACCAAGUGGCAGAGUGCCAUGAUGGCAAAGUCUUGGAUACUGCCCGUGAUAUGACACCAAUGGAAGCAGCACAUUAUUGCACGGGCACCAAGGGAUGCUCAUUCUUUACCAUGAGCCUAGAGAGCCAUGAUAGCACAAUGGCAUUCGGUACAGUAGCCAAAUUCUGCAGUGGUGUACCUAAAAAGCGAGUAGCACGUGAUGGGCAUUUCUUUGCCACCAUACUACGGAAAGAAGAGUUAACUGACCUCGGAUCGUUGAAAUAUACGGGUGAGACGCGAUUCGGAUUGUAUUAUGGUGGCCCGUUAACUAACGACGGGUACUAUGACGAUAAGACACCAGGAUCACUGGUACCAGCCAUGAAGUUAUGAACCUAUAGGCAACAAUGC